CACUCAUUUUCGGCCACAGCCUUUGUCACCCGCCAACCACACAACACCCGACCCGACCACGCGCAAUUGACUGUCAUUAAUAAAACAUCAGCCAAAAUGUUCCGCACCGCCGCCCUCACUGCCGCCCGCGUGGCCCGUCCCGCCGUCGCCUCCGCCGUCCGCGUCGCUGGUGUUGCCCGUCCCGCCGGUGCCUUCGUUGCCGCCGUCCCCAAGGUCGCUGCCUUCCAGGCCGUCAGGUUUUACAGCGCCGGUGGUCACCUCAAGAAGGAGGAGGUCUUUAGCAGGAUUGCGCAGGUGUUGAGUGGAUUUGACAAGGUCAACGACCCCAAGAACAUCACCGAGACCGCCCACUUCGCCAACGACCUCGGUCUUGACAGCUUGGACACCGUUGAGGUUGUUAUGGCUAUUGAGGAGGAGUUCUCCAUCGAGAUCCCCGACAAGGACGCCGACCAGAUCCACUCCGUCGACAAGGCCGUCGAGUACAUCCUCAGCCAGCCCGAUGCCAACUAAAUCCUCUGUUCCGUUCCUUGUUCGAGCGUUUUAGAAACCCCACUUCCGCAAAUAUAAAGCAUACUUCUCCCUAUCUACCUACCUUACCUUCUACCUUAUUCUUAACCAGAUCGAUUCGAAACAUUUGUCAUUGUUUGAGAUUCGAUUCGAUCUGUGUACCAUACGAAACUUAGAACUUGAAUGAAGAAGAGAUGACGGAUGGAACGGAAUGUUAUGAUGGUUCGGGCUAGCUGUGAAUGUGGGCGGGGGUGAUGUUGAUGUCAGGGUGGGUUGUGGUCAUAUUGGGAUGUGG